AGACCAAUUAUAUACAAACGACGCUAGAUAAAUCACACAGUGUUUCACCUGUCACAAAAUAUUAUGGCGCUUCAUAAAAUGAUGUUAAUGCACGAUUCCAUGGUUGGCAAACAAUUACCAUGUGGUGGACCAUUGCAUGUGGGCUUAAUUUGAUUGUUUUUCUCACAUUAUUAUACAGACACACGUUGUUGAACGGUAUGGGUGGAUUGUGCGAUUAUGCCCGGUGAAGCAUAUCCACCGACCACACAGACGGUAGUCGUCGAAGCCCAGACUAAACAACUUUAUCAAUGACGGCUGUAAUUAAAUUGGUUAGAAAACGCAAAAUCGCCACACGAGGUGUUGAUUUGACGGACAUGCCGACGCAAAAAAUGUACACCUAAUGGGUCCUUGAUGUGGCUGGUGAAGGGUGGAGUGCUGAAAUUUUCAGUAGAACAUCGGAAAAUUCCCUUUCGGCAUCGAUAAGGUAACACAGCUAGAAUUGUUAGAAUUACUACUAUAAAAAGUACAGUUGUUCCAAGAAGGGGCAUCAGUUCAGUGAGUUUGGUUCUUGGUAGAACAUCAGCAACAGUUCUCAGUAUACCAAAAUGUUCAAAACAUCUGUGGUGGCAAUCGCCCUUCUGGGUGCUGCUUUGGCUUACGAGCAUCAUGGAUUUGUUAGUGAAGUGAAGCAUAUCCCGUACAAGUGGUACGGUGGUAUGCAGGGAGGAAUGGGCGGCGGUAUGGGAGGAGGCAUGGAAAUGGGUGGUGGAAUGGAAGGAGGAAUUGGAGGCGGAAUGGAAGGCGGAUUUGGCGGCGGUAUGAUCGGCGGUGGAAUGGGAGGAGGAUGGAAGGAAGGUGGUGAGGACUACUACUCGUAUCCGAAGUACAAGUUCGAAUAUGGAGUGAAGGACAUCCACACCGGUGAUCACAAGAGCCAAUGGGAGAUGCGCGAUGGAGAUGUCGUCAAGGGAGAAUACACCCUGGAUGAAGCUGAUGGAUCGAAGCGAAUUGUUGAAUACUACGCUGACGGAAAGAACGGUUUCGAAGCCAAGGUGAAGAACAUCGGCGGAGGUGGCAUGGGAGGUGGUAUGGGAGGAGGAAUGGGAGGAGGAAUGGGAGGAGGUAUGGGAGGUGGAUUCGAAGGUGGCUACCACGGAAUGGGAUACAGUUACAGCAAGCUGAAGAAGUACAACUAAUCAUACCAAGACUGCAAAACUAUGAUGAAUAAAUUGUAAGCAAAGCAUAAGCAAAUACUA